GUUCCCAGUCACAUCCCCGCCUGAGUCUGAGGCUUGAGGUCGCUUUAAGAGGUAUCUCCGCUGCGAUCAGUGAUCCCGGUGGGACGCCUCCUACCUUCCCCUCCACCAAAAACUCUGCUGUGACUCACCUGAUGCUAAAAACACCGCUGCAGGUCCCACAAGGAGCCGGCUACAAAUGACGAUUGCUGUAAAGCCUGCCAGAGACUAAGGAUUAGGGAAAUUAAAAAAUGAAAAUGUUAUUCAUGAAGUAAUUACAGCAGGUGGGACAAAACAAAUUAGUUCAAUUAGUUCUCUGGCUUUGAAGUGAGCACAGGAAACCCACCAUGGAGCUGCAGCACAGCACCAAUCACAACCAUGCCCUGUGGAGAGAGAUACCGUGGGACUUCACCGACUGCUCGCUCUCAGUGAGCGGCACCACGUUCCUCAUCAUUGCCUACAGCACAGUGAUGGCGGUCGGUCUCAUUGGGAACUCCUGCCUGGUGUUUGUCAUCACGCGGCACAAGGAGAUGCACAACGUCACCAACAUCUUCAUCGCCAACCUGUCGUGUUCAGACAUUCUCAUGUGCAUUAUUUGCCUGCCGGUCACUAUCAUCUACACUCUGAUGGACCACUGGAUCCUCGGGGAGGCCCUCUGUAAGCUCACACCCUUCAUCCAGUGCAUAUCAGUCACUGUCUCCAUCUUCUCCCUUGUCCUUAUCGCCAUGGAGCGCUAUCAGCUCAUUGUCCACCCGACCGGAUGGAAGCCCAUGGUGAGUCAGUCCUACAUGGCCGUGGCUAUCACCUGGAUCGUGGCCUGCCUCAUCUCGGUGCCCUUCCUCUCGUACAGCGUGCUCACCCUGCCUUUCCAGAACCUGAGCCUCCCCUUCCCAGUCAGCGACCACCUCGUCUGCAUGGAGUCGUGGCCAUCGGUUCAAGAGCGGCGAGCUUACUUCACCUCGCUGCUUAUCUUCCAGUACUUCCUUCCUCUCGUCCUCAUCAUGGGCUGCUACCUGCACGUGUUCCUGCGCCUCAGGAGGAGGAAGGACAUGGUGGAGCGUGGCAAGAACACCACCCAAAAGAAGAACAAGGGCUCCUCGAGGAUCAAUGCCAUGUUGUUCUCCAUAGUGGUGGCGUUCGCCCUCUCCUGGCUCCCUCUCAAUGUCUUCAACACAGUGUUCGACUGGUACCACGAGGCCAUCCCGUCCUGUGACCACGACAUCAUCUUCUCAUUCUGCCACCUCACGGCCAUGAUCUCCACCUGCAUCAACCCCAUCAUCUACGGUUUCCUCAACAGCAAUUUCCAAAAGCAGCUCAAGUCCACACUGAUGCGCUGUCGCUGCUGGGGGGUGGCAGAGAGGUACGAGAGCGUCCCGCUGUCCACCGUCAGCACAGAGGUUACCAAGGGGUCAGUCCUGAGUAACGGCUCUAUCAGCUUCAACACUUAAAUCCAAGCUCUUUCACUGGAAGACAAAGACACUGGUGGGGGCUCCUCAGCUCUCAUUGUGCCAUCCUUUGGAGCUUUUGUUGCUGUGUUGCGUGCAAAAGUAAGGCUGACAUUUUCAAAGUUAUAAACCUCACAACAGUAGCCCAGAGGGAGCGGGCUGAAGACACUUAACCAGUGUGCCCUCAAUUCAAAAUGAGCUCACAUGUAUGAGGAAGUAGAUAACAAAAUGAUGGUGCAAAGGUUGGAGAAGUUUGAGAACAGCAGGACAAUAACAGACACUUUACACAAGCACAUUUGUAACUGUUGUCUGUAUCCAUCCUCAAUGUGCUGUGGACAUGUACAAAUGAAAAGACAGCCUUUUAAUCUGGUACACGUGCAUCAUGUUUUCUCUCUGAAGCACUGGGAUCUGUUCAGGAGUCGUGUUUAAAUGAGUAUCAGCUGUUUAGGUUUUGCUUUUCACACUUCUACCUGCUGCAAAUCUCAUGUCGUCUGCAGAGAGUGCAGAAAGGACCAAGGGGAUUGGGGAACAGCAAAGGCUCUUUUUAAUGAGCUGUUUUAUGUUAAUAGUAUUGACAGACAUAUUGAGGGAUUGUGAACUGUGAUGUCUUAAUGAUUAUCAGCGGAGUAGCUUGUUCUACAACUGAAGGAGAAAAAAUUAGUGCAUUAAAUGUGUCUCUAGGCGUCCUAUCAGAUGAUCAUCGGCGUAAUGCAUUUCUCAUUACCUAAAAUCACCACUGUUGGUGUAAUGAUCUUUAACUGAACCUUGGCAGGAGCUGUACACACUUCAUGCUGUCAGCCAAGGUCUGACCUCUAGUAUAUAAAUGUAUAUAUAUGUGUGUGUGUGUGUGUGUGUGUGUGUGUAGGGGCAGUGUUGCUCAUAAAAUGUGCCAUACAACAACCAUAUAUCACCUGCAAUAAAAAGAAAUAAAAGUGGCAGUAAAUGACUCUGUGAGAGCAGGUUUCUUCUGCUGUAUAUAAAACAUGACACAGUUAUAGUUUAUGGUGUGGUUGGCAAUAAAGAGCACUUUGUAGCAUAGCGAGAUCUCAGAGUAAACCUGCUGUUAGUUACUUUGUGCUAUUUAAUUGUAUUAAAACAUUUACUUUGUCUUCAA